GCACGGAGCGCUUCACUUCAGACCUUCCACCUUCUCCUCCGGUCCGAACGCGCCAGACGCUAUACCGUUACACCAUCACCGCCUUAGGUUUCCUCUCCCGGCAAAUCCAGAGACGAACAGGACGCACGUGUAGGACUUUGUGCCUGGAGGGCUCGCACUCUGGAUUGAAUGUAGAAAUAUAUAAAAAAAAAAAAAAGAAGAAGAAGAAGAAAAAAAGCGCUGGAGCGAAGUUUGGCGCGUCGCGCGCGCGGUGACAUGGAGAGGUAGAGCAGAACGCGGCGCUGACACGCAACUUUUACAUCCAGCUUUUGGAUGUUUCUGCCAGGACAGUAUUUCAUUUCGCCCUGAUUUGGCUGCUGCAUUGUAAUCGUAGCGCUGCUGCGUGAAUUUCACAGGGACUGGAGAUCGUGAAGCGCGCGCCGGAGUGGAUGGCCCGUGACAGAGGAUACGAGCGCGCGCGUUGUGCAUGUCCGGUAAUGGAACAGCAAUGAGAGCGGACUUUUCCCUGGAAUAAACGCAAAGCACUGGGCCAACAGAAUGCGGGAGCGGGAUGUACAGAGUAUGUGUGCGUGGCUGCUGCUGCUCACCUUGGCCCUGUUGUCUCUUUGGGGGCGUCUGGCUGUGGCUUCCUCACACCGCAACCAUAUAGUGCAUGUGAAGGCUGGGACGUGUGAGGUAAUUGCAGCCCAUCGCUGCUGUAAUAAGAACAAGAUUGAAGAGCGAUCUCAGACUGUCAAGUGUUCCUGCCUACCUGGACAGGUCGCUGGGACGACCAGAGCCGCUCCAUCCUGCGUUGAUGCAUCUAUAGUAGCCCAGAAGUGGUGGUGUCAGAUGCAACCAUGUCUGGAUGGAGAGGAGUGUAAAGUUCUUCCAGAUCUCACAGGUUGGAGCUGCAGUACUGGGAACAAGGUUAAAACGACAAAGGUAACUCGGUAGUGGCAUGCUCCAGUCAGAAGAAAUGGAAGUAGACAAAUCGGAAAUGAAAGAACUUGCAGAAUCAACUUCACCAAUGCUAAUAUUCAACGAGGACCAAAGGCGCAAGGUCUCGUGUUCCUCUCCAUUCCUACCAACGAGUACCAUCACACCACUCAGCUCUCCGCCAUCCUCCCUACUUGUAAUCCGCUGUCCUGAGCAUUUGCUGGAAACCCUGUCAGCACAAAUACAGGAAGGAAAGACUGUCUGCUCACUGGAAUUCCGCCAUGCAUUUGGAUUAUAUCUUAUGGUAGAAUGCUAAUCGCAGAGACAACACACUGCUAACGUCAGAACUGUUUUAUUUGUUCGGUUUUUACUUCCCCAAGCUGCUUAGACAUUCUGUUGUGCUAUGGUUUUCUUUCUUCUGUCUGUUGAUGCUUCCUGUAACCUCACAGUUUGAACCUGAAAUGAAAAGUGACAUUUUUGCUUUCCCUUCCAAAACCUUGUUUCUUUCUCAGCAUCUUAACUUCAGAAACUAGAGCUGCAGUUCUGGACUUACUGACCAUCAGUAGAUUAUUUUGUUCCUUUUCUAAUAAAGAAAUAAUAGGUAAACUUUUUGACGCAAAAGACAAAUAAAACAGUAGAUGUUAUGGUAUAAUUCUGUAAAAGUGUAAAAUAUUACAAGUAUCAGAUUCUUAGAACCAGAAGAAAUGUAUAAAAAAGAAAAAGAAAAAUCUCUCUAACAGUUUUAAUAUUGAUGUUUUUAACCAGCCUGGUAACUGCUAUUGAGUACAUGUGUCAG